AGUGUCGGAAAGUUGCCCAAACGCCUCACCAGCAGGUCCGAGCACGACUACGAAGAAUAAAAGGAGAUAUCCACGGAUUUGUUCGGGACUUUUUCUGUGUGCUUCCCCUGCCCCGGACAGAGAGCUGAAACCUGCUGCUCCAUUUUUAAAGCUCCCUCUGCUCUGACUGUAAAUAGACAAAAACAACAGAAUGUCAACACAUUUCAGGAGCGGCCCGGCCUUCGGACUGUCUGCAGAGGUCAAGAGUAAGCUUGCAGGGAAGUAUGACCCCCAUAAGGAGGAGGAGCUGAGGCUGUGGAUUCAGGAUGUGACUGGCAAGAGGAUCGGGGAUAACUUCAUGGAGGGUCUGAAGAAUGGAGUCCUGUUGUGCGAACUCAUUAACGUUCUUCAGCCAGGUUCUGUGAGAAAGAUCAACAACUCCAGUCAAAACUGGCACCAGCUGGAAAACAUCGGGAAUUUUGUCCGCGCAAUCACAGAGUACGGCCUGAAGCCGCAUGACAUCUUCGAGGCCAACGAUCUGUUUGAGAAUGUCAACCACACUCAGGUCCAGUGCACACUCAUCGCUCUGGCUGGAAUGGCCAAGUCCAAAGGUUUCCACUCCAAGUACGACUUAGGAGUGAAGUACGCUGAGAAACAGCAGCGCCGCUUUGCUCCAGAGAAGCUCAGGGAGGGACGUAACAUCAUAGGCCUGCAGAUGGGCACCAACAAGCUUGCCAGCCAAAAGGGCAUGACCUCUUACGGCACAAGACGCCAUCUGUAUGAUUCCAAGAUAGGCAUGGACAACCCAUUGGACCAGUCUACUAUCAGCUUACAGAUGGGUACCAACAAGGGAGCCAGCCAGACUGGUAUGACCGCUCCUGGAACUAGGAGGCACAUCUUUGACAAGAAGCUGGAGCUGGAGAACUGUGACACCUCCACCAUCUCUCUGCAGAUGGGCACUAACAAAGUGGCCUCCCAGCAGGGCAUGACCACCUACGGCCUGCCCCGCCAGGUCUAUGACAACAAGUACUGCACCAACCCCACCGAGGCCUACUACAACAACGGGAGUGAGGUUGAGUUUGACGGCUACAACCAGUACUCUGACUAAGAAAACCACAGACAGCCUCACCCCCCUCCUUCCUCUUUGCUUAACUUCAGACAACCAACCGCAACUGUCUUUAUGACAAGCAAAACUCCUAGACUGUUAUUUAACACUGACUCUUGUCAUUGCCGUCUUCAUUCCCCGUCUUUUUCUAAACAUAUUUGUACUAAGAAUUGUUUGUCUUUCCAUGGGUAAAAGAAAAAAAGUGUUUACCUUACAUCAAAAAUUUCAUGCUGUGGCCAACGUCUGUAUCUCAGCAAAGAUGUGUUUGCUCGAAUGAAUUUUAUUACUGCUAAAAAUACCCAAACACCCAGAAGCUGAGAUUUUUGACCUUUGCUAUUUAUAGAUUUUUUUUCUUCUUUUUAUACUUGCAUUGUAAUUAGAGAUGUGUAACUGUUUAUACCCCUUGCCUCACUUCCUGACCUUUUCAAUCCACUUUGAACACUGACGGAGCAGAAUUUGAGAGUUCCUUGAAAGGAAACAAGUGAGCGUGUUGGUGCUAUUGAACUUUGACCCAGUUUGGAGCAGUCCACGUCCACAUUGGAGCUCUGCAAACUCUUAGGAUGCCAUUCUGCAGGAUGACACAGAAGACCUGACUGACGAUGCACACAUUGCUUUGUUUUGUGAGCACUUGCGCUGACAAAUAGUCAUGUUCAUGAGCCUGCCAAAUUACCCAUGACGCCUUUUACCAGCGCUAAUUAACAUGGCUUAUGUGCAUUGAGUAGAGGGGUAAAAGUAGAGGGGUCUUUCAGACAUGGUAUAAAGUUUAAAGAAGCAAAUGUAGGUGUUGUGAUAUUGGGUGUUAAGACACCAUUUGAAAUUAUGGUAAACUUAGUCACCGGUGGUUUUUGUACUGCAAGUGAGUCCUGUUAUUUCUGCUUCCAUCCUUUUGUAAAAGGUCUUCUACAGUGAACUUUGGCUUUAGUGCUGUUGCUUCGUUUGCACUUUAACUGGCUUCACCUUGUAUCAAAAGAGCCAUGUGCAAUGUGAAUCAUGCUACAUAUAGAUUCCCCUUUAAAAAAUCUGCAUCAUACUGUUGUAACCCACCGAAUGUCUUGAAUGUAAUGUUAUUGUAAGAUUAGAAGUGCCACUAGCUGUUACAUGAUUCAACAUUAAAAGGCAGAAAUGUACAUUUACAAAGUUAUAAGCAGAAGAGGCUCGGUCCCCAGUGUUACAACAUUCAGAUUGGCUUUGAAUUAUGAAAUGAGGUGCAGACUGUCAGAAUUUGUUGUUGAUGUGCUAAAUGAGCUAACAGAUUUGAGCUCUUUAACUGUUAAUUGCCAUUUAACAAAGACAUUGGCAGCCAUGAUUUGUAGUAGAGUGCCAUCUAGUGUUGUAAGACCUUUACAGUGGGGAGAAAAGCACACGUACAUUUACUGUAUUUUCAAUCCAUCAAAGGUCUAAACAUUGCUUUUAUUCAAUCAAAUGUGCGAACGUAGAUUUUUUACAGUGCAUUCACUUAUCAUCAUUACCACUCUGUGAGAUCCAGAAUGGCAAUAAUGUUGAGUAACAUUUCACCUUUAAUGUGUUGGCUGUGUUUCAACAUUGUUCAUACUAUUCAUCUUUGCUAACCUCUUGAUUUUUUUUCCCUAUAUGCCUUUCACUAAACAUGACAUUUGUGCAAUAAAAACACUUAAAAAAUACA